UGGGAGUUAUCUAAGGAAUAAUCUUCUUCAUAAUUAAAUAUUACGACUAUUAAAAUAUUUGUCAUUUGUAAUCUAAUUUAUAUCAAGGCAAAAGUUGUUGCAACUUCUCCUCAGUCUUUUUAACACUGUACAAAUUUAAUUGCUACUCUGCCAGGCUUCAGAAAGCAAAAUCAAUACCAUAUUGAGGAUACAUCAGUGAAUUGCUAAUGGGAGAACAGUCAGUUCUGUAUGCUGAUCGUAUCGUCACACCUGAAUCCCUGCACUCACCGCAAGGUGCCGGGGGCGCUGGAUCCUCAGGGGGCAGUUCUUAUUCUCGCAAAGUUGGCCCAUCAACCUUGGGUGAGGGCGAAGAAGAACCAGAAGCUGGAGGCGAAGAAGAGCCACUAAUUCAGACUGUGGAAUGUCGAAUUUGCCAGGAAGAAGAUAGCCCAAAAAAUUUGGAGAUUCCUUGUAGUUGUAGUGGCAGCUUGAAGUAUGCUCAUAGGAAAUGCGUUCAGAGAUGGUGCAAUGAGAAGGGAGAUGUAACUUGCGAGAUCUGUCACCAGCCUUACCGACCUGGAUAUACUGCUCCACCACCGCCUCCUCCCUCGGAAGAAACUGUCAUUGACAUCAGUGGUGGUUGGACAGUGGCUGGCACUCAGCUUGACAUAAAUGACCCUCGUCUUCUUUCGAUGGCUGUCACAGAACGCCAUCUUCAAGAGGCUGACCAUGACGAAUAUGCUGAUGCAAGUGCUAGCGGAGCUGCAUUUUGUCGUUCUGCUGCUUUAUUUUUAAUGGCCCUCCUAUUAUUGAGGCAUGCUUUUGAAAAUGAUGAAGGUGAUGAUGAUGAUGACGUUACCACCUUUUUUUCUCUUUUUUUGCUCCGGGCUGCUGGUUUUCUUCUACCUUGCUUCAUCAUGGCUUGGGGUAUCAGUAUAUUGCAGCGUCGUAGGCAAAGACAGCAGGAGGCAGCAGCAUUAGCAGCAGCUGAAGUUGCUUUUUUACUGCAGGCAGGGCAACAAAGAGGCUUGCAUGUCACAAUAGCACCAAGACCUGCUCCUCCAUCCGAGCCUUCAGCAGCACCCCAUCAGGCAACAACUCAUGUGUCAGUGCCAACCAGGGAGGCAGAAGCUUCUCGUCCUGAGAUAGUAUAAAUGGCUUUGCUUUGCGCUAAAUUGUCCGAGACACCAUCUCUAUACAAAAAUAUUACAUUCGUUUUGUUACCUUGCUAAAAGAUAGUUACUGAUGAACGAGUGUGUUUACUGUUUGUUGGAUUAGAUGGGGUUGAGGAAAAAUAUUUCCUUUUUCCUUUUCCAAUUUGCCAGCUUGCAAUUUCAAAUUUGGAGGGAAGGCUGAAGCUCAAACUUGUUCCUUUCCUUCACUAUAACAUUA